AUGGCGUGCGCGCGCAUGGCUGACUAUAGGCGCGCGCAGAAACAAGCCCUACCUGAACGCCUCACUCUCACACUUAUCGCCCCCCAAAAACCACUAGUGUCAAAUCGGUCCGAACCGUCAAAUCGCCUGAACGUUUGUUCUCGGGAAUUACUUUCGCAAAGAGAUGCUACAGAUUCAAACUUUCCUGCUCCCACAGAAAGCUAA